UUGGUCGCCGUGGUGUCAAGCAACCAAUUGAACGGCGCGGAGAUUUAUCUCUGCCUUUGACCGUCCGGCCUAAAGUAUAGUCAACACAAUGCACUUCUUCUGUAAAGCCGGCCGGACGUUGGGAAUGACAUUUGUUGCCACUAGCAGGAUGGAGUGGCUGUUCCAGCGGUGCUCUAAAGAGUCUGUCUUCCUCUCUGUCUUUCGGUCGAUGCUGCUCAUUUCAUGUUUGCUCUUGGUCCUGUCCGUGUCCAUGUAUCCUGGGUUGCAGUCCAUUGGGGUCCAGCUUCAUUCAGCCGUCACAGGGAGUUAUGUACCAGGCCACCACUCUGUUCUUCUCGUCAACAGUCCCAACAAACAGGCAGCCAAGGACAUUGGCAGGGCGAUCAUGGAGAGGCGACUGGCGGCCAGUAUUAACAUUCUCUCCAGGACCUCUACAAUGUACUAUUGGAACGGUGAAAUUCAGGAUGCAAGUGAAGUUCUGAUGCUGGUGAAAACAAAGACCUCCAGGAUCCAGCAAGUCAUAGAAUAUGUGAGAUCUGUCCACCCCUAUGAAAACCCAGAAGUCCUCAGCUUCCCGGUGGAGGAUGGCAGUCUGGCUUACAUGAAGUGGAUGGAUGAAGCCAUUCCAGAGCCAAUCUCUGCAUGGACUGCAGCCGAACAGGGAAACUGAGCCAUGCGUGCAGGCAGUUAAAGGCUUCGGAUCGAACGGUUCAGAAAGCACUCUAUUGAACAAAAGUUCAGUAUGUGACAUUUAUGCUAUUUUGUGGCUCUGACCUUUUCAUUGUAAAUUCCACCAUAUACAGUGGAGAUUUUAUUUCAGUCCUUUAAAAGAAGUUUUGUAACACAGUCAUAGAAAAUACUUGCUUCUGA